UUUCCCCGCUCAACAUCUCGCUACAUCAGUCGUACGAUCAACCAAUUAGAUCUACGGCAGUAUUUUGUCUUCGUGUUUCCUAAAUCACUUUCCUUUUCAUGGGCAAAUCCCCUGAGCUUCUCAUCUCUGUUCCUCAGAGAAACCACAAAUCACUCUUCUCAUCUCUCUCCCUCUCAGAAACCAAAUGGCUUUCCUUUCGAUCGGAAAAGGCCCUCUUCACAAGCUCUAUAUCUGGCGGUGCCGAAGCGUCUUCAUCGUCUCAAUCUCCAUCUCUGGUGGUGCCGAUUCGAGCCUCCGAGCGACGCAGCUGAUUCAGUCUCGAUGCCGCCACUUCUGAAGAAGCACUCUUCAUGUUCACCGGCCCGUACCACUUCCUCGAGAUCAUCGAUUUGUGGCCAAAACAUGGGUUUGGGGCAUCUUCAGGAAUCACCCUGGAAUUCGUUCAUGAACAUUGGAGAUCUAUGUCUACGAUUCAUCCUCUCUACUCAGUUGCUUUUAAAUCCAUAAUCCAUUGGAUGUUGAUGUAUAUUCUAUAUAAAACUGCAAUUUCAUGCUUGCUUGAAAUGAAGUAGAGUUUUGUGCGGCUAAACGGCUACUCCAGGCUGUUCCACCUUCUGCCCAGCUCAGAAGCUCACUGACGCUGAAUGCAGGAGUCUCUUCCUGACUGUCUCGCUAGACGCUGUUUCCGAUUUUGCUGUAUUGCAGUCUGCCAAGAAAGCCCCAACCCUCUAGUGGUGAGAAAAAGUUGCAAUGGUUCGUAAGCGAUUUCAAGAUGCUAAAACGGGGUUUGCGAUGCUGAAAGGAGGAUUAUCACUUCUGCCAGCAAUUGAGUAAGGCGUUGAUCUACACUUAUAGAAUAGCUGGUUUGGUGUGGCUAUAUAAUGUGACGCACUGCUUGGGUGGUGGACGCUGAAACUAAAGCCCAAGAAAGGGAGUUGGCCCACCUCUACGAGCGGAGAGAUUUCCAUAUCCGGGUGAUGAAUAAGCCAUUGAGGAGUUUAUUGCCAAUGGUGGGAUGAUUGGUACAACCAUCAGGCCCAAGGGCUUAUGUUGUCGGAUAAAGACUCUUAUAACUAAGAAAGCUUUGCAGGACCAAAAUAUGGAGCAGGAAGCCCUCAAGCCCUGGGUGAGGAAUGAAGUCAUCUCUGAACUCCAGGAGAGAUGAGGUUCAAUGAAGGCCAUGUAUGAGGAGUAUUCUUUUUAUAUUUAAUAAAUUAGAAAUAGAAUUGGACUCUCUAAAGUUAUAGGAAACUGGUAGGAGGGAUUGUUUGAGAGAAAUUUUUUUUUGAGAGAAAAACCACUCACAUACAAUGUCUCCUAGAGAUAAGCAAUCGAGAACUCAUAAACAGAAGAGGCGGACAAGGAGUUCAAAAAACAAGUAUCUUAAACCAGGUGCCCUUGCUCAGCUUCGCUAUAGUAAGGUGUCAGCUGCUAAGUCUUGUACGGACCUUGGGAAAAAAAGGAUAGCUGUAAUGGAUGCAGAUGAGCCGAGAGUUGAUGCCCAGCUGCAGAAUAAAAUUAGUGUUCAAAGCCCAGCAGCAUUAACUCCUGUGGGGCUUAGAUUUGACUCUGUUUGUUCACCAUUUGAUAUGUCAAAGGUACAUAAUUUGCAAAAGACUCCAAAGACACCUUGUGCUGAAGUGUGUGAGUCAGAGUCUCGACUUGAAUCACUCCCAAUGGAUUUGCUGGUUAAAAUACUCUGUCACCUUCACCAUGACCAACUCAGGCCUGUCUUCCAUGUCUCACAGAAAAUCAGAAAGGCAGUGAUUCAAGCUCGACAAUUUCAUUUUAAUUAUACUACUCCAGAUCGAACUCGACAGGAGAUGUUGAGGAUCAUGACGCCUCUCCCAACAGAUCACUGGCCUUUUGUAAGCAAGGGGGGAGGGAAAGGUUUGGUUCACAGCCCACACACCCCGAAAGCACCCAGACAUGGUCCCCGACCUCCUUCGCGUUUCAAGAACUCUGAAAUGAGGCAAGUUGCAGCUGUCCUCUUUCAAGAAUCUGCAUUUCCUUCCAGGUGCUUAGUGCCGUCUGUUCUGUCAAAGCAGCCUAUAUGCAAGCCUUUGGGUUCCAACAGAGUUCUGUUUUAUGAAGAUGAGCUGUGCCAGGCUGUUGCGCAGAACAAACUUUUAUGAUCACCGACUACCCGUCUCCCAUAGCUCCUUCGGGUGUGUUUAUGUGUGUAUAAAUAUAUGAUAGCAUUAGUGGUUGUGGUGCAUUUUUUCCAUUUUACAGGAGCACUUAUUCAGAGAUUGUCUUAGAAGGUAGAGAUGAAGUUUGUGAACUGAAUAAUACAUUUAGUACGCCAGCAGUUGGUCUUGUGCAUAGGUUUUCUGUGUAAUGGAUUGGUUUUUAAAUUUUAUUUGAAUACUGAUGUGGCGAAACAUCUAAUUCGCCUGCUUUGGUGUUUUAUUAUCUAAUUUAGAUUUAUAGAGUAGUAUAUA